AUGGGCAACUUCCACAUCUGCUCCUACUGCAGAGUAGAAAUGGAGAGGAUGAAAGGACAAACCGUAGGGCUCCACACCGCAGUUGCUUUGCUCGUAUUGGUACCUUCAAGCGGUCAAACCAUCAAGGAAAUGUCCGGAGGCAGAGGUACAGAUACUUCUGCAUGCUACCAGAUUAGCAGUGGACAAAAGUACCUGGAGUUACCCUGA